CACUCGAUGGCGGCGCUUUCGCGCGUAGCAGACGACGCAUGUUUUCGCAAUGAAUUGGACCGGUGGAGCGAGAACAAGGGUGCAGAGAAAGCUAAAGCAGAAGGCACAACAGGAGUUCUUUCGGAAGCAGCGCUUGCAGAACACGCUGGAGGCGCGCAACAACCCGCCGUGGCCUGAUGCUAGGAGGAGCAAGGACCUCCAACGCAUGGACAUGUAUUCCAGGCUGCUAGCGCCAACGUCGUCUGCGCUGAACAAGGAAGCUUCUAACCUGACACGCUCGGAGUAUUUGCAAGACGGGAAUAGUGAGGACCCCUGCCCAACCAUGGAAGAGGUCAAUCAAGAACAAAGGAGCCAAGGCAGUUACUAUGAUCCAGAAUGGCUUGAAGUGAGCUGUGAAGAGAGGCGAACCCCCAUAACAAUCCCACAGUACACCAGUGAUAACGACGGCCUCAUACCCGGCAUCGACUAUCCAGAAGAGAACCCUCCAGAGACACCGCUACUAUUUCGGCCCAACCACGCAAAUGUACUGCGUAAUGACCAGCCCGCCACCUUAGAUCCCAUGUUUACUUCGCCAGAGAAUGCCGAGCCCAACGAAGAGCCGAUGCCCAUUUUUCCAGUAGACGAGCCCAAGACACCAUCAGGUGAGGUGGGCGCUUGAAGCCGCAGCCGCAAGCCCAGCGAUCAUGGAGCUUACGGAGCAGCGACAUUGCCUCAUGUUCUUCGCUGACACCAGCCACUACUGUAUCGUACAGAGAUUCACCAAGUGAUAGCCGUUUAUCAGCGAUGGUACAAAACUACCUUGACGAUGCGGCAGCCAACAAGCGAGAGCCAGUCAGCCUGCGACUUACCCCUGCACGAGGCCGCGGCACGGUACGGCUCGGCCGUCAGCUGAGGUCCGGCAUUCAAGACACACCACCCAACCGUGCUUCACCGCUUAGCAUCCACAGGUUUAUCGAUGAGACACCAGCAAACAGAAGAACCAGUAUCCUCCAGCACAACAGGCCCCAACAAGAAGAAAGAACACCUCUACAAGCAUUACAGCAGACCAGAAGAGUGGCGAGCUCCUCAAACAGUGCAUCAUCAUGUCUGGCAGUCAACCAGGGUGCAACGGUCAAGAGGCGAGAAACUGUCGACCUCCAGCGAUCAGAUGUACGGGAUGCUGAGAGUUUGCAGUCCAGCCAUCAAGCAGCUACGAACGUUCCCAGCAGUGACAUACAGCGGGUCCUCAAUGUCGUGCCGCAACUUCCCACAAGGCGUAGCAAAACACGAGAGGGAACAGAAAAUGGGGCUGAACUCGACAACGUCCCUAUCACAGCCUUCACAGCUGCCAAAGGGAUGUCCAAGCAACCCCCAAAAACGAAACUACACCGAUUGAAAUUACAGAUACCCCCGACUCGGCGAAAAACAAAAGGAACACACGCAAGUACACCACACUGCCGAUCGAGGAUUAGGAACUCCAAUGUCUAGUCUUCAUCACAGAGAACCAAUCUCUGCAGUCUACACACCAGCCACCAAACCAGAAGGAACAACCACUACAUCCACUAAAGUCGCAUCGACUCCCCACCAACAGCCAAAUGUGCGAGAGGAAGGCCAGAGUCGAGCUAUUUUUAUGACAACAGAAUCCAUGACAGCAUUCAAGAGACGACAAGAAAGUCUACAGAGAGGACAGUGAUGCAUCCAAGUAUGACGGAAGUGCGAGACAUGGACGGCUUCUACAAGAGCGCCUGGGUCCUCCAGCUCCAGCACGCUCACCACCAGCUGUACAUGGAGGAAAUCAAGGCCCAGGUACUGUACAAGCCACCCGAUCGUUUCUCAAUCAUGUCCGCUUUCGAAGAUGCUGACGACCACUUCGCCGGACACAAGUCCCGAAGAUCAUCAUUGCGGUACAAAACUCUCGACGACGAACUCAAGGUCCUUUCGACAGAAAACUCGCCCAUUAGUCAAAGUGCGAUGAAAGACGCUAAGACGGUUCGUAAUGCACAGCGACAACUAAGUGACAAGCAUGACCAAGACACCAUUUGUUUUGAAAAAACCAGCGAUAGGAAAAUACCUUUAGUGGAAACAGGAGGACAUGCACUCUCAAGCUCGGGCAUACACCGGUGCGACAUUGUACCUGAACAUUCUGAACAUUCCACUUCGGGUGCGGAGACGAUGCCCGAUACCAGGCCAUGUUCACCGAAGGAAACUGACAAGCCGCAACUCGCACGACAAGUUUGCAGUCAAGAAUCAGACAUGCAAAGCAACUCCAGCUUUCAAGCCUCAAAAAGCGCAAGUCAAAAAGGAGUUGUAGUCAAAAAGGAAGAGGGUACCAUGACCAGCCCUAACCCUUACCACACGACCCCUAGUGAUGCGCAACAGACACACUCUACAGACUUGACAACAGAAGACUCGACAUGCACACCACGUAUGCAUCGCUGCAGCUGCAGUGUUCCCAAGACCGACAAAACUUGUCAGAUUCAACCGGAGGUCACCGACGCGGCCACUUGGUACGACGAAAAGAUCGUGCCGGAUCAGUUACAAGCUGGCGACCAUGCAUCUGUACACAUAACGGCCGACGACGAGCAAUUAUGAAGGUGGUCCGGUACACAUAAGCGAGAAGCGGCUAGCCGCACAUGUAUAUAUUGUACAGCUCCAUUUUGAUAAGCGCCAACAGUCUGCAUUAGUCCUUAAUACCACAAACAAGUCUGUUCUGGUUUUUAAGCAGAAGCAAAAGUUACAGUAAUGCUUUUUCUCCAGAAAAUCUAGCUUACGACUGCUAGGCUUUGUUCACAUGGCUGGCACAGAUACUGCAGUCAUGAUACAGCAUUUUUUUUUCACUGCUUUUGCUUUCAAAUGGACACUGGCAACGUAAGGACUGCUGCCUAGUGCCCUUGGCAACACGUUAUAAAAAACCAUUGAGAGACCACUGCCUCGCCAGAAACGCAAGUACUGCGAUAAAUUUGACAUGUUUGUGAAUCGAGCCUCAGUCCUACAGAAACUUACUCUAAUACUAUCGCAUCAAGCUCUCAAACCAUAAUGUAGUUAGGUCUGAACGUGGCAAUGCAUCUUAUGUGUUAAUUUUUUUCGCUGAAGUAUGAAAGACGUCUUCAUGAAAGAAGUCGGUCGUGCCACAUCGCACCUCUUCAAAAAAAAUGACAGCAAGACCAGAGACGCACGUUUGCGAAGUGCUUUUAAUGCCACGCAACGUACAGGUAUACACAAGAAAGAGUGUACAAAGCUGUCCGUGAACCGACAAGACAAAAACAAGUGCACGGGAAACUAUUGCUGCCGCAUUGAACAAUGCAUCCGGUAGUCGGGAUUGUGCCUACGGAGGAGACGUGGCUGCCACGGGCGACGCCUUUUUUUUUUUUUUUUUUUCCGAAAGCGGCUUUACUAUUUCGGUUUGCUGUAAUAAACCGUUUGCCUUCA